AUGAGCAUGCUCUGGCGGCCAACCGGCAGGCAUGCGCAUGCAGACUUCAUAAUGGCGGAGGUCACGAGAGAGAUGCGUCAGCCAAAGCCUCAAGAGGAGGCUGUCGUGUCGCUGCUGCAGUCCGCCCUGAACCUGAGCUCUGCACCUGAUAAGAUUGGGCAGGCACUAUAUCGCUUGAUGGCUGCACAUAUGCGAUUUAAGGGCCCAUCAUCAGCAGCAGGGGGGUUGGGGGACAUGUACAAUUUCCCAAGCCUCCUGAACCCCUUCAAGAAUGACAUGCCGAACUGGCAGAGGGAGAAAGUGUCAGAGGGAUUCAGGUUAGCAGGCGACAAGAUCCUGCAGGAUGGGGCCUGGGAGCAGGCGAAGCUAAUGUACAGCCUGAGCCUGGACAUGAAUCUGUGCAAUUUUAAUGCCCUGUGCAACCGCGCUCACAUCAACCUGGAGCUGAAGUUUUACAAGGAGGCUGCAGCCGAUGCCACCGCGGUGAUCUCAGCCAGAGGAGGCGGCAACAAGGCAAUGCUUGAUGACGCACGCAGGAGGCGUUCUGAGGCGUACCUCUGGCUGGGCAAAACUCUCAACGCAUGCGCUGACCUGAACAGUGUCAGGAACAAAUCCCAUGAAGACGUUGUCCGCCUGGGGUUACUAGUGGCCACUCAAGCUCUUGACGGGUGGAAAGGCGCGUAG